AGUACCGGACACGGCGACUCUAAAGUUGUUUUUUGUCUGUGUUUCAGCUUUCCUUCUGAUCGCUCUGGCUGUGAACGUAGCGAUGGUGAUGACCGGGCGAGCGAUCGCCGGGUUCUGCGUGGGGAUCGCCUCGCUGGCCCUGCCGGUCUACCUGGGCGAGACGGUGCUGCCGGAGGUGCGCGGGAUGCUGGGUCUCCUGCCGACGACCCUGGGGAACAUCGGGAUCCUCCUGUGCUACGUGGCCGGCGCCUACCUCGACUGGUCCAUGCUCGCCUUCGCCGGUGCCCUCAUCCCGGUCCCCUUCCUCAUCUGCAUGUUCUUCAUCCCCGAGACCCCUCGCUGGUACAUCGGCAGAAAUAAACACAAGAAAGCAAGAAAAGCUCUGCAAUGGCUGCGAGGCCAGAACGCCGAUAUCUCGGCUGAGUUCGACGAAAUCGAGAAGACCAACGCUGAGAGUAACAAGAACGAGAAAACCGCCGGCUGCUCGGAGCUUUUCGCCAAAAUGUACAGGAGGCCUCUCCUCAUCUCCAUCGGACUCAUGUUCUUCCAGCAGAUGAGCGGUAUCAACGCCGUCAUCUUCUACACCGUCAAAAUCUUCAAGGUGAGUUCAAAAUCACGAUAAAACGCCUGCACGCGU